AUGGCGAUCAUCGUGGUUGCGGGCAGGGCCAUGGUCAGGAAAAUGCGGAUCGGCUUGGAAAUACUGACUGGUCCGGAGAAGUGGUCAGCCAGUUUCCCCAUCGCCGACGGUCCGCGGCAGUCGCCCAUCGACAUCAAUCCCGGCCUGGCGUCGUACGACGGCGCGCUCAAGCCGCUCAGCCUCAACUACGACCCGGGCACCUGCUCGGACAUCCUCAACAACGGACACACCUUCCAGGUGACCUUCCGCGAUGACACGGACAGCUCCGUUCUGACUGGUGGGCCCGUCUCGGAGGUAUACCGGCUCAAGCAGUUCCACUUCCACUGGGGGGCUUCUGACGACACGGGUUCGGAGCACAUGGUGUCCGGGAAUAAGUACCCUGCGGAGCUUCAUCUGGUGCACUGGAACACCAAAUAUGGCAACUUUGACGAAGCUGAGAGCAAACCCGACGGACUCGCUGUGGUGGGAGUUUUCCUGCAGAUCGGCGAUGAAAAUGCCAGUCUCCAGAAGGUUCUGGACGCCUUUGGUGCCAUCAAGACCAAAGGCAAGCAGACCACGUUCAAGGGCUUCGACCCAAGCAGCUUGCUGCCCUCCUGCCUGGACUACUGGACGUACGAAGGGUCCCUGACCACGCCCCCUCUGCUGGAGAGCGUCACCUGGAUCGUCUGCAAGGAUGCCAUCAGCAUCAGCUCGGUUCAGAUGGACAAAUUCCGCAGCCUGCUGUUCUCAGCCGAGGGGGAGCCCGAGUGUUGCAUGGUGGACAACUACCGCCCGCCGCAGCCGCUCAAGGGCCGCCAAGUGCGCGCUUGCUUCAAGUGAACGCCCAACGCAAACUGUCACAAGUAAAGCAAUCGGACGUCAGGAAAUUUCCACCCAUAAUAUUUACUGCUAGCUCUCCUUGAGUCACAUGAUCAACGGGGCUUAGCUUGAUAGGCCGAGUAAAGUUGGAUUUUGAUGCUAAAAAAAAAAAAAUUGUUUUAAAUCCAAACUCUGAUGGCGCAGAUCUACUGCCAUAGUGCCCCCCCAGUUGCCCUUUUGACCUCCACACUAGCCACUUUCUCCUACCUCCUUUUAGCUCAUGUGUCUCCCCUCCGUCCAAUAUUCCUUCAUGGAAUUGUGUUUGUGUCCCGUGGAGCACUUAUCAGACGUCUCUUUACUGAACCUACGAAUGUUCUGUGUCCUCCUGUGUUGGAAACAAAUUGAAAUGAAUUGUGUCGAAAACAAAAGCGUGCAAUUGAGAUAGUAAUUAAAAAAAAAAAUUGCAAGGAAGAAGACGAGAAGCUGCCAAGAGAUGAGAUGUUCAGGCACUGUAUUUCUGAACUGAACUCUUGUACUAGAGAGAUUGUAAUUCAAUUUUUUUUUAUGACAAAUCAGAUACCUUAUUUUUUAAAUUUUGAUUGACGCCAGU